GGAGGAUUGCGAGGAAGAUUCUGACGGAGGCGUUGACGUGGAUCUAUUCGACUGCGAUAUGGAGUCCAUUGAGGUUACCCGUUCGCCACUACCCUUGCCGCCAACGCUACAUGUUCCGAAUCCUAUUGAUGAAGACGAGGAGGACUUCUCGCCGAGCAACCUCGUUACCAGACCUCCAUCUCCUGUUGGCGGAGGAGCCGCUUUCCUAGAUUUCUUUUCUUCUUCUCCCUCGUCAACCGAUCCAUCCACCCAUGAGGGCCCUUCGGAUAAUGGAUCUGAAAACGCCAAUGACGAUGAAGCCCCGGACGACGACCCCGUCUUUCUAAUGCAGCUGGACCCUCCGCUGGAGGAAUUUGGCUCUGUGCAAGAUCAUUCGUCGCCGCCUGCCGCUAUCUACUCUGACAGUUACGUACACUCCGGGGCUUUUGGCGUUCAUGGGUCUAUGAUGGAUCCGCUGUCCGAGAUUCUGGUUACGAGGAGCUUCGAAGGACAGCAGGAGGGGUCCACAAUGGAAGAUGAAGCUUUGGAGUCGGAAGCUAGCCAAACUCCGGGCUGGAACGAGAACAUUGAAAACUACAACUACGAUUUUGCAAAGUUUUGUCUUCACGCCUACUACCGGUAUAGAAUGAACCCGGCACGCUAUCAGAAAUUAUCGGUAGCAGCCGCAGACGUCAAGAAACUGCCACGACCGAGAGAGAUUACAAGACGGGAUGUUGAGAGAGAUGGUUGCGAUAUUCAGGCGAUUCCUUGGCAGAAACUAGGGAUCACGGUUGAUGUUGCCAGGGGUGUUCGACGGAAGGAAUAUAUCAACUAUAGGAACGAGAAAGAUGUUGAGCCAGAGCAACCGCCUAGUAUACCGGCAAAUCGCCAAUUUUAUAAAUUUCGAAGGAUGGACAUGGAGCAGAAGCCCCGCCUGAUACACUUCCAGCUGCGCAAUCUACUAGGAGUGGUGUCCAGAAGCGAUGUUUUCUACGCUGGUAAUGCGAAGGUUCUCCGGACAAAUCCGCUAACAGGAUCGACGGUGACUACUAUGGAUCUAUCGUACCCGGACUCCUGGAGCGGGAAUCAAAUCCGAAUAUCAACAUUGAGUGCCUGUGCCGGUCAGUCUGGUGUAGUGAUCGCAGGCUGCUUUCAUGGGGAAUAUGCUAUGAAACCGCUCUUUGCCCAGGCAUCCGCGAAACCCAUCACGGGGAUUGUGACGAAGAAUGAGAGUGGCAUAACAAACCACGUUCAGAUUGUCCGAAACAGACACAACAACACACCAAAUGCCGUCUUCUCAUCAAACGAUUGCCACGUGCGUGUCCUUGACUGUGAGACUCUAGCUUUCAACACUCAACACGAAUAUGACUGGCCGGUGAACUGCAGCGUUACGAGCCCAGACUCGCGCUUGCGCGUCGUGGUAGGGGAUCAUACAGACGUGCUUAUCUGCGACGCCGAGCGCGGGAGCACACAGUUUGUCCUCCCAGGACACAGAGACUACGGUUUCGCUGCGGCCUGGAGCGACGACGGGCACACUAUUGCCACUGGGAACCAGGACGAAACGGUACGUAUCUGGGAUUCCAGAAAACUUAAUGAGACUUUGAAGGUGCUCCCUGCGAAAAUGGCCGGCGUGAGAGCCCUGCGCUUCUCCCCGCUCGGAUACGGUGGCAAGAGAGUCCUUGCAAUGGCUGAACCCGCCGACAUUGUGCAGAUCGUGGACGCAACGUCCUGGGACUCUAUGCAACAAUUGGAAUUCUGGGGCGAGGUUGGAGGAAUCGAGUUUGCGCCUACCGGGGAAGAAUUUUUUAUUGCUAACGCGGAUAAGUCCGUUGGGGGCCUUAUGGAGUUUGAGAGGUGUAAGGGGCGCGCUUACUAUCAGGAGUACCCGGAAGGCAAUAGUGGUAGGGAAGUGCUUUGCUGGGAGGAUGCUAUGGAUGAGGAGGGGGAUAUGAAUGGGCCCGGGAGGAGAGGCAGAGGGAGUAACAUAAUAUCUGACGGAUGGAAAGCGGAGGAGGAGCACAGUAGCUGUUGCUUCAUUCUCUCUAUAUCUCUGUCUGAUUGUCUGUUCGUGUGCUUACCUUCCUCUUCCUUGCCUUACUUUUCCAAACACAUACAGCCCCAUUCCACUCACCUUGCCCCAUUCUACACAGGCGCAAUAUGUAAUAACCACCACCUCCCCCUCCUUCCUUUCCUUUCCCUUCCUUUCUUCUUUUUGCCUUCACCAUCACCAUCACCACCAUCACCAUCAUCAAUCAACACUAGGGGGCUAUCUGAUUUUAUCAUCAUAACGUUUGUCGCGAGUCAUGAUUGUCUUUUUUCUUCUUUCAUUACCCUUUUUUCUUGGCUUUUGUCCUCUCGUCUGUCCUGUCUACUUGUGCACGCUACGUUGCGCUACUCGUCAUUGCGUGGGAAGUUGGCUUUUUGCUUGUCCUAUUUUGGAUUUUGGAUUUUUUUUUUCGGAGGGUCGGCGUAUUUGUUGCUAGGGUGGGUAUGUCGGUAUUAUGUGAGGUACGGGAAUGAACAAGAUGAUGAAGAGUUGCCAAGUGGGAAAGGGGGAUAAUGUGUUCUUUAAGGCUUGUCAGAUGCUAGUGCUCGAGUGGUUUU